UAGUCAGUGGCGCUAAGUGUUGUGAGAAUAUACUAAUUUUCCAACGUAGUGAAAUGGUGAAUAAGCGAUUGAUUGAGCAAUACUAAGGAGGUUUACAAAUAGCAAUUGCCAAGACGUGAAAUCAAGAAGUGAAAAAUCCAGAAGGCGAUAACAAUUAUUCAAACUUACAUAUACAUAUACAUAUAUAAAUAUAUACACCUUAACUUCCACAGUGCGCAAUUAUUGCAAAAAAAAAAAAUAAGUUAUAAAAAUCAAAGAUUUCGAUCUAAUAAAAAACAACAUUAAUUUGCUUUAAACACAUAAAUAGUAGGGCUCUAAAGUGUGAAUAAGUUACAAAUCGAUGUGUGUAGUGUUAAGUUCAGUUGGAGCUGAGAAUUUUGCCAGCCGCCGCGGAGUACUAGGAGCCAUCGUGCUCUGUUCGAAUCCUCCUUUCGCAGAGAAAGCAUCGCCAAAGUUCUUCUAAAAUAUUAAAAAAAAAAACUGCAACACAAUUGGAUGAAGAGUGUUUGCAAUGAGCCGUCUUCUCGAGAAGCCCAACAUAGCGAUGUCCAUUAAGUCGUCGUCAGGUAGUCAAUUGUCCUCAAGUGCUGCAGCCGCCGGUAAUGCCACCGCAUUAAGUGUUAGUGCCAGUGAAAUAGUAACGCAAAGUGCAACGACAACAACAAACACAACACCAACACCAACCGCAGUACUCAGUUCGAACGCAACUACUAAUGGAACCCAUACAAUUUUCGAUGAGGUCUUUAUAAGCUUGGUGUCCGGUUCGGCGGCUGGAGCUUUAGCGAAAACCACUAUUGCCCCACUUGAUCGCACAAAAAUCAAUUUUCAAAUAAGUAAAAACGUUCCCUACUCAUUUAAAGCGGCGAUCAGUUUUCUUAAGAAUACCUACGAGAAGGAGGGUAUUUUGGCGUUAUGGCGUGGCAAUUCGGCGACCAUGGCGCGUAUUGUGCCUUAUGCAGCCAUACAGUUCACGGCGCACGAGCAAUGGCGUAAGAUUCUGCAAGUCGACAAGGAUGGUAGCGACACAAAAGGUAGACGUUUUAUAGCCGGUUCAUUGGCUGGCAUAACCUCACAGUCUAUGACUUAUCCACUGGACUUGGCACGUGCCCGUAUGGCCGUAACGGACAAGUACACCGGAUACAGAACGCUACGACAAGUUUUUGUAAAAAUUUGGGUCGAAGAAGGACCGCGCACACUUUAUCGUGGCUAUUUCGCCACCGUCUUGGGUGUGAUACCGUACGCGGGUGUUUCCUUCUUUACCUAUGGCACACUCAAGCGUGAAUAUUAUGAGGUGACAGGCAACGCAAAACCGAAUACUCUAGUCUCACUUGCAUUUGGUGCUGUAGCCGGCGCGGCAGGGCAAACAUCCAGCUACCCACUGGACAUAGUGCGCCGGCGUAUGCAAACGAUGGGCGUCAAUAAAGGCGCCAACGAUCAAUACCGCACUAUAUACUCGACAUUGAAGAAAAUUUAUAAGGAGGAGGGCAUCAAAAAUGGCUUCUACAAAGGGUUAAGCAUGAACUGGAUCAAAGGUCCGAUUGCGGUUGGCAUCAGCUUCUCUGCCUACGAUUUAAUUAAGGAGCUACUUAGGGAAUUAUACCAUUUGAAACGUGGUCGAUACGAUGCGUAAAUGAUGAAAUUGUUAUUGUUUAUAUUUUAAUGAUAUUUAUAUGUAUUGUUAUGUUAAAUUUUCUUAUUUUUUACUUGAAAAAAAAAAAAAACAAA